AAAUUUAUUUAGGGCCCACGCCGCCCUCCCGCUGCCGUCCCCGACCGCCGCCUCCCCUGGAUCGACGCCGUCUCCCGAGCGCCUCCUCCGCUCCCCAGCGCCGUCGCCACUCCCAAGGGUCGCCGCCGCCCGCUGCCCCUGGUUCGCCGACGCCCCGGGCGCCUCCUCCGCUCCCCAGCGCCGUCGCCACUCCCAAGGGCCGCUGCCGCCCGCCGCCCCUGGUUCGCCGACGCCCCGGGCGCCUCCUCCGGCCUCUCAGCAUCGCCGCCGCCACCAAGCAGACGAGUUUGUCGGCCGGCCUCCAGCACAUCGUCGCCUGCCGGCCCGACCUUCCCCCCAGCCUCGCCGCCGCCGUUCCUGGGUCGCCACCGCCCCUAAGCAUCACGCACAGGAGAAUAAGCUGAAACGUAAAGGAUGGCUGCGCACAACACACCUAUGACCUGUGAAGGUGACUAUGAGACUGAGCAGAAGAAGCAAGCCGCUGCAGAUGUCCUUUUCCACUAUUCACAAUUUGUUAUGGUUUGCAUUGGUGAGGGUGUUCGCCCAACUGAUUUGAGGUUGCAUCUUAUGAAGGAAGUUUCAGGAAUGCCAACUUCUCUAAAGAAAGAGCCACAACAGGCAGCUGCCUCUCCGGACUCGAGUGAACCAUCUUCUUCAGGGACAACGAAAUAAGACGAAUAAGAUAUCCUAAGCACAAUGAAAGAUAGGAACUAAGGGUGAUGCUUCUGAUGAGCACUUGAUUUGUAAUAAAUAUAAAUGUAAAUAUGUUUAGUAUGUUUACCCCAUAAUCUGUAACGAAGGAACAUGGAUCAUGAUGUUUUUUUCUGAUAGAGUUCUUGAUUUGUCUAGCGCCCUUUCAUGCUUAGUUUCUAUUGCAAGUGUCGUGCUAUACUGUAAAUCUGUAAUGCAUAAGAUGCAUAAUAUCCACAGGUGUUAAUACUGUUGAUGAGAUAGAUAGCAGGGUUAUAUGCUGCAAUGUUAAGCAAUCAGGAGUCCAUGUGAAACUAUUCUCUGUCGUGUAAACAUCUCACAGUAAU